AAUGGCAGCCUCCAUGACGGCUAUGGAUGACAUUGAUGAUGAUGAAGCAGAGUGGCUGUCAUCAGGAAGCUCCAAGAAGUCACACUCUAAGUUCAACUUCUUUGAUGACUCUGUGACUGAUGAUGCACGUGAUUUGGUGAGAAGAUGGAAAGUUCAGAAAGAUGAUGAUGAUGAUGAUGAAGAGGAAACCGACUCAAUCAACUGGGAUGGCACCCCAGCUUCUACCAUUGGUUACAAGGCCAGUAGGCCAGGAGGAAGCCCUGCUGUUAGCCACUCACCGGUCACCAAAUCCUCCACCUUACCUCUUUCCCCAGGGGCAGGGCCACCCCCUGUUACCCGACAUGUCAAGACAUCUGCUGGUCCCACACACAACCGUUCUCAGAGCCUUACUAUAGGUAAAUCACUAAAGUUCAGCUCAGACAGACAUGUUGCUUCUUCCUCCACACUGAAGGGACAGUUCAGUAUGAGUGACCCCAGUAUUGAAGAAGAAGUUUUGACUUUUGUUUCCAAAGCGAGAUCCUCUUCCACAAGUGUAACUCAUUCCUCCUUUUCACACACCCAUAACCUCAGUCCCUCUCCCUUCCCUGCAGUUAUUUCCUCCAAUGUUCCCGCCAAAAGCGUCUCAAAACUGGAGAUGGAAUUGUCAGAUCUGAAAAGGGCCUUGCAGAUUGCGAAGAGAGAGAAAUGGAGACAGCCGUCCGCCUAUGAGACCGUGAGAGCUAUUAUCCAGGGCGAGCCAUAUGGUCUUGAGAUGUGUAAAACCAAGGAACAAAAACUAGCCCUUUUAGAUGAAGCCAUCAAGAUGCAUGAUGGGAAUGCCAUUACAGCGGCAGUCCUGUUUCUACAAAAUACUCUGAAAGGAUCUGUGUUCAAUUUGGAGUUGUCACGGCGACCAACUGCUGUCAAUCAUUACCUCAGUUAUCUUAGAGCUCACUAUGAAAUGGACAAGCUAGAGGAAACCCUUGGGAUGUUGGGAAGAACAGAAGAGGCAGCAAUGAUGAGAUAUAAACUGGCUACCACUAUCAAAGAUCCUCGUGCCAAAAUAAAACAUUUACAACGUUGUUUGAGCGCUCAUUUCCGAGAUCCAUCUCUGGUGACAGAAGCAGGAUUGUUGGAAGAACAAAUUUCCAUUUUGGAGCGACAAGGUCCAAUUGAGGACUCUGAUGCGAGGGCAGAACAAGAAGGGAAGGUGUUGGCAUUCCGUGAGAAUCCACGGCGGGCCUCAAUCAUCAACAUGCCUGUGAUCACCACACUGUAUUACUGCUGUUUUUACCAUUAUGACCUUCCGGAGAAUAAUUUAGCUAGCCCAAUGGCAAUAAAGAAAACACACCAGCUAACAGAAAAGCAGUUUUUAUGGACAGCUCUGGGGGCCAGAUCCAGGUUAAAAAGAUGGAAGGAUGUGGAAACGUUAUUAACAGCCAAAAGUUGGUUUGGAGGAACCAAAAUGAAGUCUGUGAUAGGAUUUGAUAAAGUUGUGGCCGUCCUCCACAAGACUGGAGCUCCUAGUGAUAUUUUAAGCAAGUAUUUGAAGCUAGUAGAUGAUGUUGAGCGGAGGUUGACUCUGGCUAAGAAAUAUGGAUGUCACGAUGCAGUGGUUGAUACGUACAUUGCUUUGCGUGACCGAUUUGAGCUGGAGGCCUAUAUGAGAAAGUUGCCACCUAGGAGUAAGGAGUAUUAUUAUGCUGAAGAUGCGCUGAGAAAUUCUGCACAUAAAUGGAAAACCUGAGGCCUGCAGCCAGACAUCCAUGAAGUGUGUAAGCCCCUUGUUACCAGUGGAAACUGUGUUAUCUCCCUAAGUUAGCUGUCAAACUGUCAACACCUUCACAUACAACCACCAACUACAGGUACUGUCCCUGCCACUGGCUAGUGUACAUAUACAUGUAUUCUUGAUUCGGCUAGUAGGUGUGACUAAGCUAACUUUUUGGUUAUGAAUAAUUACCUGUAAUUUGAGAUCCAACUGGUAACAAUACAAAAAAAAGCAAUCCACAGAUAUGUACAUGUAAUGCUGUCGGAAAAAUCCAACUAAAUGUCUUAAAACGCCAAAUGGCAUGGUUGUUGAUAUAUGGGAAAGUUUGUAGUAACUUGCCAGAGUUCAGUGGUUUACACCUGGCACUCCAGUUUCCUCCACCCAUGAAACUGACCAGCCGUUGUUAAAAGUAAAAAAUUCUUCUUUAUGGCAUCAAGCAACAAUCAAACAAAUAAACAAUAUCAAUAAACAUACAUCUUCAAUCCAUGUUGUAGAGAAACCACAAAACAACGACUCAGCAUUUUUAAUUUGUCGCAUUAUUAGCUGUGAAAUAAUAAUUUUAUUUCGUCUAUGUGUAUGGAAUGUUCAUUGGUAAACUUGUGAAGUACAUGUAUAGUAUUUUUUCUGUGAGGGACUCUCGCUGGUCUAGUUUUCUUCAAUUCUGAUCAAUAGAGUCCUAGACAAAGGAGGUCGCGUUUAUAUCCAGUUAUGACAGGAUCUGAAUGUGUGAAGGAUUUGACUGGUUAGUUGAGAGCUGUGAUUGUAUCCUGCACCCUAUGGUUGUAUACUGCACCCUGUGGUUGUAUACUGCACCCUGUGGUUCAAGAAUACUCAAAACUCUUUCAACUUUACAUGUACCUUGAGCAAUUGAACACUGUAUGCUUAGCACUCACUUUGUCAAACACUUUUAUUGUAUGGCUAUUAGAUGUGAUAACAUGUCAACAUAAUGCCAGCUUCUAGUCUACAAUUUUGAACAGGUCUGUAAAAGGAAACAUCAAAGUAUAUAAUUUUCCUUUGUGCCUCUUACAUAUGUACUCGAGUAGAAUGUUUUUCAGUGAAGUUAUCAUUUUUGUUGUCAUAAUUUAUUUACAUAAAAAACAGGGUCAUCUUUUAUAGUUUUGUUUGCAUUGUAGUUUCAGCCAUAUGUAAAUUUACAUCUGUUUUAUUUUAGAGGAAAAAUAUGAUGUACGUACCUAUAUAUCUUAAGAUAGCAAGAUCAACAGAAAUGGCUUUGUCGAUAUUAAUAGGGGAGGUUUGAGUUCGAAUUCUGUCUCUAGUAAAAGAAGGCCUACUGUAUCAUGUCAAAAUGUUAGGCAGCUAUUUCUGAUCACAUUACUAUUACAUGGGUGUCUGAAAAAGUUUCACAGAAAGUAAUUUGUCGUGGACGAACGGUGGAUAAAUUAAGGAGCUGAACGUCAAAGAAAGAGGUCUCAUCUGGGCCUCUAGAAUACCAUAAGACAGGCGAUCGCUAAAUUAAUGUCAAUAAAGGCUGCCUAACAUUUUCACAAGUCAUAUACAAGUAGAACAGUAUUUACCUUUAUCAACAAAAGGGUUUGAACUCCAAACUCCCCUAUUGCUAUUUAAGCAUAACCUCACAAGUGCGAUGCAUAUGCUACCUGUAAAAUGGUGGGGCUAUGUGGCAGAAGGGGUAUUCUGCUGACAUGUCUGAAUCCAUCCACCCCAGGUUACAUAAAUCCUGGUGAACCAUGCCUAAUUUCCCCCACCCUCACUCAGUGUUCGUAAGGGCCUUGUGAAUUCGCUUGACAAUAAAACUGACCACCAUUGUAUUAGUGAACAAUUCUUUCAAAAGUAAAUCUGAAAAUUUUCCAAAUUUUGGACAUUUGUUAAAAAUUUUUAUUUUUUUUAUACAACUCUUUAACUUAAUGGAACAUGUAUUACAUGUAAUCUGAAUUUACUUUAAGUCACAAGAUUGUUUCCAAGCUUCAGGGGUUUUGAGAAUUCAGAUUUCUUUUGUCGCCUUCUCUGCACAAACAGGAGCAGAACAUGAAAUAAACAAACACUGGUUUUACACAAUACCACAGUUGAUAGCUUUUGUACAUUAUCAGUUUGAAUAAAGAGAUAUCUGUAUUGAUAUGUAACAAGGUUAAAACUACCUUGACAAGGGAAAAUGUUGCAAAAAGCAAUUGUCAUUAAAAUCUUUGUAUUCACUACAUGGAAGCAUUCCCAGUAUUUUCCCAUUUACUUAUAUGUCAUGCUGUUGGAAAAUUCAUUGUGCAUAAAAUGCAUAAUUUUUUAUUACCAUUCUGUAACAUAUCGUUUUAUAUAGAUAUUAUAUAUGUACAUACAUUUACGUGCCAUAAAAUUUUUGGGCUCUUUAUUUUAAUGACAUGCAUACAUGGAUAUGUAUUGUUUUUUAUCCCAUGCAUAGAUAUUAUACUUAUACUAGGCGCAAGAUUUGUCAUCUACAGACCACGUUUGUUUCUUGCAAAGGUGAAUACUUAGAAUUUCAGCAUUUGAUAAAUAUGCGGUAAAUUUAAGCUUUUUUUUUACACCUUUUAGGCCUCCAGCCAGGAAAAAAAAAAAAAAAAACAGGUCUUGACUGGCAGCUGUGAAAGGAAAACAAUGUCUGGAGCAUGAAUUAGUUUUGAGUCCUAUCCAAGAAAUGUGAUUUUCUUGAGAAAACAUGAUAAGGUAGACAUACCUGCAUUCAUUUAAAAGUUUUGAUACAUUCAGAAAUAAAUUUG